AUGAGCACAUAUCCCAGGGUUCCCUCAGAGGGGUCCACCAUCCUGCUGCUUUUUUUUCCCAUCUAUCUCUCUCCCUCUGUCUCUCGCUGAGUCUUACUGCUGUGAUUAUUUCGUCAUAAAACCCGACCCACAAAGGCCUUGGCCAUGCCGUCCCUUCGGCCUGCCCUCCUACUGGCCUUGUUCCAGCUCGUAGUCCUUGUGUAUAUGAGCGACGGGGCAUACUAUGGACACAAGCAGCACCCUCAAGCGUACCAGCAGCAGAUGCAGAUGCAGCAUCUCCAACACAUGGGCAUGGGAAAUGAAGGCUACCCUCAACAGCAGUACCUUGGCAAAGAUGGACCCUACAUGCAGUAUCCCCAUUACAGGAAGGAACUCCCCCAGAUGCCCAUGCAGAAGGGCAAAGAAAAGGCUCGCAAAGGGGGUGGAUAUAAUGGUGGACAAGACAAAGGUCAGACAAUCCCAAGUGGUGCUGAGGGAAUCCCUCAAGGCGAGCCAGGUCCAAUUGGGCCACCUGGACCAGAAGGACCUCCAGGUCCUCCUGGUCCUCAAGGAAAUGGUCAGCCAGGACCCGCAGGGCUACCAGGACCUCCCGGCCUUCCAGGAGCGCCUGGAAUAGGUAAACCAGGGUUGCCAGGUCCACAAGGGAGACCAGGAGGAGUCGGUGAGGUUGGGCCACAAGGACAAAUGGGCCCCAGGGGUGAACUUGGGCCACCUGGACAACCAGGACGUCAGGGGACACCAGGACCACCUGGGCUACCUGGAAUAGGUAAACCGGGUGGACAGGGUUUGCCAGGGCAACCAGGCCCCAAAGGAGAGCCAGGACACAAAGGACUGCCAGGACUUCCAGGAUUACAAGGACCAAAAGGCGAAAAGGGAAUGGGACAGCCAGGACAACCGGGUCACAAGGGUCUGCCAGGACUCCCAGGCCCUGCUGGACCAAGAGGGCUACCUGGUUUUGGAAAACCAGGUUUGAAUGGGAUGCCAGGUCCACAAGGACCUCCAGGAGACAAAGGACAUCCAGGACUAAAAGGACAUCCUGGACCACCAGGUGAGGGAGGACCACCUGGCCCGCCAGGCCUUCCUGGCCAAGGAAAACCAGGUCAGAAUGGUCUUCCAGGACAGCCAGGCAUGCCGGGUGCAAAAGGUCAUCCAGGACCUCCUGGUUUACCAGGAAAGGCAGGACUACCUGGCUUUGGUAAACCAGGCCUCCAAGGACCAAAGGGUGAUAAAGGUAUGAGCGGCCCGCCGGGACUGCUAGGACCAAAGGGAGAUAAAGGCCAUCCAGGAUUGCCUGGUAUGACUGGACCCCCGGGACCAAAUGGACAGCUAGGUCCUCCAGGACCCAAAGGGCCAGCAGGAGGUGUAGGCUUACCAGGUCCAAAAGGAGAAUGUGGAGAAGGAGGUCCUAAAGGGACUGAUGGACUUCAAGGUAACCCUGGUGCUCCUGGAUUACCUGGAACCGAUGGCUUGCCUGGGGAACUUGGAGAGCCAGGGCCAAGAGGUCCACCGGGACCAAAUGGCGCAAAAGGAGACAACGGUCACAAAGGUCUUCCUGGUUUACCUGGACCUGCAGGAGUUCCAGGUCCUAAAGGACAAGGUGGAUUACCUGGUGAAAUGGGACCUCAAGGCCCUAAAGGAAUCCCCGGUAUGGAUGGUGUAGCAGGCCCAAUUGGGCCACCUGGUCUUCCAGGGCCAAAAGGAGAUGGAGGUCUUCCUGGUCCACCCGGCAUUGCAGGUGAAGGCUUUCCAGGUGUUCCCGGUCCUGUUGGACCUCCAGGGAAAGACGGGUCAUCAGGACCCCAAGGAAAGAGUGGGCCACCUGGCCCUCCUGGACCCCCAGGCCCACCAGGAGAACCCGGUAUGUCUCCAGAUCUGGCAGGCGUGCUCUCUCAGAUGGGUCCUGGACUGGAUGGUGCUAAGGCCGGUGGCUAUGACAAAAAGGGCAAAUAUGGAGCAAACGGUGCAGAGGUCAUGGGAGCCAGCGGGCUGGAGAUGCCAGCAUUCACCGCUAUAGCAACCACUCCGUUCCCGCCUGUGAACACUCCAGUGGUUUUUGAGAAGCCUUUGUACAACGGUCGACAAAACUACGACCCCCAAACAGGUAUUUUUACCUGUGAAGUGCCCGGCAUUUAUUACUUUGCCUACCACGUCCAUUGCAAAGGAGCCAAUGUGUGGGUGGCCUUGAUGAGGAACAAUGAGCCGGUCAUGUAUACUUAUGACGAGUACAAAAAGGGCUACCUAGACCAAGCAUCAGGAAGUGCAGUCUUACCUUUGCAGCCAGGGGACACUGUGUACAUUCAGCUGCCCUCAGACCAAGCUGCAGGACUUUAUGCUGGGCAGUACGUGCACUCAUCCUUUUCUGGCUAUCUGCUGUAUCCCCUGUAAGAAAAGACAUUUUGUCAAAAUAGAAAAGGGGGGCACUUUUUUGUGUGACCUGAAAUAUGAUCAGAAAUUACUAAGGUGUCUUUCAGAAUGAAAGUCAACAAUCUGAGGACAGUUUGACCAAUAAGAUAUAAUGCUCUGUAUAUAAAACAGAUUUUAUACCACAGAGCCGCUAAGCCCAUGUGCAAUUUUAGAAAUAAUGUAUGAAAGAAAGACAUCAAAGACCACAUGGAUGAUUUAGGGUGCAUUCACACUUGUUAUGUUUGGUUUGGUAAACAUGAACUCUAUAGUGUAUUUGGUGUGUUAUUACAGUCAAUUUGGCCAAGUGUGAAUGUGAUCAGGCGGUCGAGUGGUUAGUGCUCAGACCUCACAGCUAGGAGACCAGGGUUCAAUUCCACCCUCGGCCAUCUCUGUGUGGAGUUUGCAUGUCCCCCCCCAUGCAUGUAUGGGUUUUCUCCCGGUACUCCA